CGGCUUUGAUCUUUACAAGCAUACUACCCCGAACCCCGACAAUGGAACAACCCCAGAACCUUCGCGCGAUUUUUGCUGCUGCAAAAUUAGAGAAGUCAGCAUUGGAAAGUCGCUUCGAUACUAACACAGAUCAAUAUCGCAAUGAUGUCAAUGCCACAAUAGCCAAGCUUGAGGAAUGCGCACGGCUCGUUGCGGUCCUAUCGUUAUUCAGCUCGAACGAGCCGCUGGAAGAUAUCGCAACUGGGGAUUUACCGUAUCUCACGGUGUCAUACCAUCUUGCGGAGCUCCUACAGAGAUCGUACAACUCAGACCGCGUGUCUAGCCUUCGACGUGCACUUGAGCAAUACGAAAGAUACCUCACGCGCUUGGAUGAUUAUGAAUUACUCAAUGAUAAGGAUAAAAAGCUCUAUGAACGGUAUACUGCGAACCCGGCGUCCUUUUCGCUGACGCCUGUCAAUGACGCCGCUGCCCGGAGAGAGGUGAAGAUAAAUAGGUUUAGGGAAGAAAAGGAGCUCAAACAGAGGCUUCAGUACCUCUCGGAUAAUCAAAGCCGGCUCCAGACCGACGAUGAAGAUGUUCGACAGCUCUAUAUUGCAGAGAUCAAACUGUAUACUCAUCAGACGUUUCAAUCCUUGGACCUUCUUUCACAAGAGCUGUCUAUGCUAUCGUCCAUUCGCAACGCGGCACCUACCCAUGAUCAAAUCCCACCCGAAGACACUAGGCGCCGGAAGGACGCCCAACACUCGGUAUACUCUGAACGAUUGGAUCCUCCCAUUUCCCAACUGUUACAAGGAGGCAAGUUUGGACCGAUAUUGAGUAAGGAUGGGAAACCAUUGCAGCCAUUUACACUACUUGAUCGGCGGACACAGCUCCAGCAAGGUGUUUUCCGAUCUGGUCACAAUUUACCUACGAUGACUAUCGACGAAUAUCUCGAAGAAGAGAAGAGAAGAGGCGGCAUUAUUGAAGGUGGCGAGAAGUCUGGUGUACAAGAGGAAGUUGAUGAGGACGAUAUGGAUAGGGCUGAUGAAGAAACUAUGAAAGCUAGAGCCUGGGAUGAGUUCACAGAAGCCAACCCACGAGGCUCGGGAAACACCCUGAAUAGAGGUUAAUAUCGAUUGAAUCCUCUGUUUCCCAUUUAGUUCCCUCUCACAUCAUAAUUUCGGGGCCCCAAUUACGCUGUCUUGCGAUGCUUGUUAAGAUCUAUCUAUGACAUUGGGAUUCUUUCGUUGUCUGCCAUUAUCAUCUCAAGACUCAAGAAACGUAGUUACAGAUUAUGUAUUUAUGGGAGGGCUACAGGCUUCCAUGUAGUGCUGCUUUUCAAUGGCACGUCU